AUGUCAAAUACUAAAUGUCAAAACGUCCUCUGUGUUUUAUCUUAGCCAGCUGGCCUACUAGCAAUUUUCUAUUUAGCAGAGUAAUUUCAUGACAAAUGGGCCUAUACAAGGCCUAUGUGUUAUUACAGCCUAGUCUUAUAGCCUAAAUUGCCUUUUUCAUCCUACAGUAUUCUAAUCAUGUAUCGGAGACUAUACAUUUAAGCAGGUUAAUGAUAGAGACUGAUCAUGAUUCCCGGGCUGACACCUUUAAAUAUCUUCCAUCUGCAACAUUUUUGCUGUGCUGAGCUCAGAGAUGCAUGAUGCUUACUCCCCUGCUUGAGUUGUAAAAAGCUCUUCGACUGAGUCAUGGAUUGAUGCUUUAAAAUACGUUAUUGAAAUCAAUAGAACUGUAGAAUAGUCCGUAGCCUAUCCCAUGUUUCAGGCUGCGAUGAGAAAUUCACUAUAUCCUGUGUCAAUAUAUUGGUUCGCUUUCAGCAUUUAGGGCAGCAUACGUGGAGCCGGAUAUCUGUGUGGAGAAGGCGCUGCACUACAUCGCGUUUUAUAAUGAUUGCUGCGGCGUUUUUGGUUUUAUUGAGACCGUAUAGUAUUCAAGUUGUUUUGUUAUUGUUGCUGCUAUUGGUGGGAACUAUUGCAACAAUUCUCUUUUUCUGUUGCUGGCAUCGGCGGCUUCGUAACGGGAAACAUCCUAUUAAAUCCGUGCUUUCAGGGCGCUCAAAGAGUCGCGAAGCUGGUCUCCGGACGCAUCAUUUUCGAUCAGAGGGCUUCAGGCACAGCCCGCUCCAUGCCAGGAGGGCGCGCGCUCGAGCUGCAGAGGAAAAGCCUCUUGUCGAAAUUCCCGAGAGUGAGCAUCAAAGUGACUCAUCCACAACUGUGAGAAAACGAAAAGUGAAGAAGAGAGUCCUUCCAGACUUCUAUCACUCAGUACAAGUCACCCCAACACGCAAACCCAGCUCCGGUUCGGGCAACGCUUCCCUUCACUGUUCCAUGUCUUCAUCGGCUGAUUUCUCGGAUGAAGAUGAUUAUAGUUUUAAAUCUGGAUCGGUCUCACCGGCACCAGGGGACACGUUACCCUGGAACCUACCCAGACACGAGCGACAUAAGCGAAAAAUUCAGGGAGGAUCCGUUUUGGAUCCAGCAGAGAGAGCCGUGCUCAGGAUUGCAGAUGAAAGAGACAGAGUGCAGAAAAAGACUUUUACAAAAUGGAUAAACCAACAUCUCCUGAAGGUACGGAAGCAUGUAAAUGACCUGUAUGAAGACCUACGAGAUGGACAUAACCUGAUCUCACUGCUGGAGGUCCUGUCUGGCCAGUCAUUGCCUCGGGAGAAAGGGAGGAUGCGGUUCCACAGACUCCAGAAUGUACAGAUAGCACUGGACUACUUAAAGAGGCGGCAGGUCAAGCUAGUCAACAUCAGAAAUGAUGACAUCACAGACGGGAAUCCCAAAUUGACGCUGGGAUUGAUUUGGACCAUAAUUCUGCACUUUCAGAUCUCUGAGAUCCAUGUUUGCGGGGAGUCGGAGGACAUGACAGCCAAGGAGCGGCUGCUGAUGUGGUCCCAGCAGAUGACCGAGGGCUAUGUGGGCGUACGCUGUAACAACUUCACCACCUCCUGGAGGGACGGGAGGCUGUUCAAUGCCAUCAUUCAUAAAUACAGACCUGAUCUGGUGGAUAUGGGCAGAGUGUCGGCUCAGACUAGCCGGUCAAACUUAGAACAGGCCUUUGGUGUGGCUGAACGGCUUGGGGUGGCCAGACUACUGGACCCCGAGGACGUGGAUGUGCAGUCUCCUGAUGAGAAGUCGGUCAUCACAUACGUCUCCACAAUGUAUGAUGUCUUCCCUAAAGUACCUGAUGGUGUUGACGGUAUCAAUGCAAAUGAUGUUGAUAUCAAAUGGGUAGAGUACCAGAACAUGGUGAAUUACCUGAUCCAGUGGAUCAAACACAACGUGGGAUUGAUGUCAGACAGAGCGUUCCCUAACAACCCAGUGGAACUAAAGGCACUUUAUACACAGUACUUGCAGUUUAAAGAGAGUGAAAUCCCGCUGAAAGAAACCGAGAAGAGCAAAAUCAAGCAUCUUUACAAAAUGCUGGAGGUGUGGAUGGAGUUUGGUCGUAUCCAGCUGCCUCGGGGGUUUCACCCCAAUGAUGUGGAGAAGGAAUGGGGCAAGCUGAUCGUGGCCAUGCUGGAGAGGGAGAAGAGCCUGAGGCCUGAAGUGGACAGGCUUGAAAUGUUGCAGCAGAUUGCAACCAGAGUCCAGCGGGACUGUGUCACGGGAGAGGACAAACUAGCGUUAGCACGAACUGCCCUACAGUCUGAUGCUAAGAGACUAGAGUCUGGGGUCCAGUUCCAGAACGAAGCAGAGGUCUCUGGGUACCUUCUGGAAUGUGAGAACCACCUGAGACAGCAGGUGGUUGACAUUCAGAUUCUACUGGACGGGAAGUUCUACUGCUCCGAUCGGCUUGUUCAAAGGGUAUCCAAGCUCCGUGACGACAUGCUGGGGCUGAGGGCAGAGUGUUCCUCUGUGUACAGUCAAGGACGCACCCUGACGACCCAACAGACCAGGAUGAUGAUCUCAGGCAUCACUCAGAGUCUCAACUCAGGCUUCUCUUCAUCGAACCACAACUCCAGCCUCACCCCAGCCCUCACCCCUGGAGGCCUGGGCUCUCCCGGUUCCACCUUCACCUCCAGCUUUACCCCGGGCCUCACCCCUGCCCUGAGCCCCGCAAUGACACCCGGCGGCAUGCAGCCCGGGUCAAUCCAGGCCUAUAUGGGGGGCGGAGGAGGGGGCAUGGAUCCGGGAUCCCUCCAGCACCAUAAAUACAUGCAGAUCCGCAAGCCCCUGGGCAAGUCCUCGCUAGUGGACCCCAACAUGACCAAGGAGGAGGUCAACAUGAACUUUGUGCAGGACCUGAUCAACUGGGUGGAGGAGAUGCAGGUUCAAUUGGAUCACGGAGAUUGGGGAGCCGAUUUGCCAAGUGUGGAAACACAUUUAGAGAACCACAGAAGUGUUCACAGAGCCAUCGAAGAAUUUCAAAUGAGCCUUAAAGAAGCCAAACUUAGUGAGAUGCAGAUGACCCAAGCGCAAAAACUAAGUUAUUCUGACAAGCUGGGCAACUUAGAAUAUCAGUAUGCGAAGUUACUGAAAUGUUCGCGGGAGCGUCAGAAGAACCUGGAGAGCCUGCAUGACUUUGUGUCGCGGGCCACCAUGGAACUAAUCUGGCUCAACGAGAAAGAGGAAGAAGAGGUCGCUUUUGACUGGAGCGAUCGCAACGGCAACAUCUCCAAGAAGAGACAGUACCACGCUGAUCUGAUGAGAGAGUUGGACGACAAGGAGAAGGUGAUCAAGUCUGUGCAAGAUAAUGCAGAGAACCUUCUGCAGGAGAACCACCCUGCCAGGCUAACUAUUGAAGCAUAUAGAGCAGCCAUGCAGACUCAGUGGAGCUGGAUUCUACAGCUCUGCUCUUGUGUGGAGCAGCACCUGAAAGACAACACAGUCUAUUUCGAGUUUUUCAAUGAUGCCAAAGAGUCCAUGGACUACCUGAAGAGCCUACAAGGUGACAUCCAAAGAAAGUAUGGCUGUGAUCGGACAAGCAGCGUACACAAGCUGGAGGAUCACAUCCAGGAGUCCAUGGAUGAGAAGGAGCAGCUCCUCCAGUACCGCAGCACAGUGGCUGGGUUGGUGGGCAAGGCCAAGGCCAUCGUCCAGCUCAAGCCCAGAACCCCAGACACCCCUAUCAGGUCUUCCAUACCCGUCAAAGCCAUCUGUGACUACCGACAAAUAGAGAUCACCAUCUAUAAGGAUGAUGAGUGUGUCCUGGCCAGUAACUCUCACCGUGCCAAGUGGAAGGUGAUCAGUCCGUCUGGCAAUGAGGCCAUGGUGCCCUCUGUCUGCUUCACUGUGCCUCCACCCAACAAGGAGGCUGUGGACCAGGCCAGCAGAAUUGAGCAACUGUACCAGAAUGUCCUGACUCUGUGGCACCACUCGCACAUCAACAUGAAGAGCGUGGUCUCCUGGCACUACCUGAUGGCGGACGUCAAAGCCAUCCGCAACUGGAACGUGUCCUCAAUUAAGACCAUGUUGCCAGGUGAGCACCAGCAGGUCCUUAGCAACCAGCAGUCCCACUUUGAGGACUUCCUGGAGGACAGCGAGGAGUCGGAGGUGUUCACAAUGGCAGACUGUUCCCAGCUAGAGAGGGAGGUGUUGACCUGCAAGGAGUACUACGAGGAGCUGCUCAAGUCUGCAGAGAGAGAGGAACAUGAGGAGUCUGUGUACAACCUGUAUAUCUCUGAGGUGCGUAACUUCCGCAUGCGUCUGGAGGCUCAGGAGGAGCACCUGAUCCGACAGAUCCGCACCCCACUGGACAGAGACGACCUGGAGCAGAGUAUCCUGCGCAUCGCAGAGCAAGAGAAGAAGAAGGCAGAGCUGGAUCAGCUAAUGGAGGAUCUGGAGACCAUGAAGGAGAAGUGUGAGACAUUCCUCAGACAGGCCACAGCCUCUCCUUCUGUCCCAGCCCUCUCCUCUGACCUCAACGUCCUCAUCCAGAGCAUGAGCCAGGUUUACUCCAUGUCCUCCAUCUACCUGGAGAAGCUGAAGACGGUGAGCUUGGUGGUGAGGCACAGCCAGAAUGCAGAGGCUCUAGUGAAGCUCUUUGAGGCCAAACUUUCUGAGGAAGACGCUGUGAACUCUGACCUGAAGUCCAUUGACACAGUCGUCAGCACACUCAAGCAAUGGCGCUCAGAGAUUGACGAACAGCGGGAGGUCUUCCAUGACCUGGAGGAUGGGCUGCAAAAGGCCCGUGGCAUCAGUGACCACAUGUUCAAGGCUCACAACGAGCGGGACUUUGACCUGGACUGGCACAAGGAGAAGGCUGACCAGCUGGGAGAGAGGUGGCACAAUGUCCACACCCAAAUUGACAGCAGACUUCGGGACCUAGAGGGCAUCAGUAAAUCUCUGAAGUACUACAAAGACUCCUACAGCAGUCUAAAUGACUGGGUCAGAGAGAUGGAGGCUGCUCAGCUCAAGACCCAGGAGAACCAGCCAGAGGACAGCAAGGCGCUUGCUGAGCUGCUCAACCAACAGAAGGUCCUUGUUGCAGAAAUGGAACAUAAGCAGAGCAGAAUUGAUGAAUGCCAAAAGUACUCAGAGCAGUACUCAUCUGGCGCUAAAGAUUAUGAACUACAGCUGAUGACCUACAGAGCAAUGGUUGACUCACAGCACAAGUCCCCGCUCAAGAGACGGAGGAUGCAGAACUCAGCUGAUGCCAUCGUUCAGGAGUUCAUGGACCUUCGAACUCGCUACACGGCCGUAGUCACCUCCAUGACGCAGUAUGUAAAGUUUGCCAGUGAGACGUUGAAGAGAACAGAAGGCGAAGAGAAUAGGAAAGAAUCAGAAAAGACAGAGUACAUCACCUGGAAAGAGAGCUGGGAGCUCCAAAAGGUAGCAGGGGAGGAGGUGAUUGGACAGCUUCAGCAGCAGGUACAAGAACUGGAGACCUCAUUGGCUGACAGAACAACCCAGUUGACCAGUCUACAGAGAGAGAGAUCUGUUGAUGAGGAGAAGAAAGAGCAUGGUGAUAAAGUUAGCAAGCUGUUAGGUUGGAUGUCCAGUGUGAAACCUGGCCAGAGCAAAGAUGGUAAAGCCAGCACAGAGGCCUCUAGAAAGCCCCAGGUUUCAAUGGAAGAAAUGGUAACAAAGAAGGAGAAAAUUGCAGAAGCACUGAGGACUACACAGCUGAUGCUAACUAAACACAGUGACAAAAUGACUGAGGAUGAGAAGCAGGAAGCCAAGGAGCAGCUGAAAUCCCUCCACCAGGCCUACAGUGAUCUCUCCCAGCAGUGUUCUGAUCAGACGCCAUCUACCGAGCAGGCGUUUCAGACCAUUGAGGGGGUACUCGAAGUUGGAAGUGUAGAGGUCUACUCUGUGUUUAGCUCUGUUCAGAGCGGCCUGAUCGACCAUUACACUGGGUUCUGUCUCCUGGAGGCUCAGCUCAUCACCUCUGGCCUCGUUCUACCUCAGUUAAGGAUGUGUCUGGAGCUGGACGAUGCUUUCCAUCACAACCUCAUUGACGAGCCCACCUGGAAGCAGCUCAGAGAGCUCAACGAAGCCAAACAGUGUAUCCUGAGCCCACUGUACUCCUCAGAACCUCUCCCUGUGAUAGCAGCAGUUAGAGAGGGGGCCAUCUCUGAGCGCCUGGCCAUGAAGGUUAUAGAGAUCCAGCUGGCUACAGGUGGGUUAAGGGUGUCCUACACGAGUGAUGUACUGACCCUGGAGAGGGCCUUUCAGUUUGGCCUGAUCCCUGACCAUCUGUACGUCAAGCUCUUGGAGAGACAGGACACAUGGAAGGACCUGAUCAACCCCAGCACGGCAGAGAAGGUCUCGCUCACCCAGCUGGUGCAGAGGAGCGUGGCUGAUGUGGAGAGUGGACUGCGACUGCUGCCGGUGAAGAAAAGCCACAAUGGAAACAUGGAGUUGACAUCUGGGAGGGAGAUUAGUGUACUAAGUGCGGUUCAUGAGGGCUUGAUUGACAGACAGACCACGAUGAGGCUGCUGGGAGCUCAGCUGUUUGCAGGUGGUAUCGUCAAUCCCAAAACAGGCCGUAAACUCACCGUAGAGGAAGCCCUGUCAGAAGGCUUGAUCGAUCAAGGCACUGCCACUGGGAUACUGAGCCAGCAGGCCCAAAAUGGAGGCAUAGUGAACCCUCAGAAUGGCAAAAGGCUAUCGGUGGAUGAGGCUGUUCAGUGUGAUUUGAUGAGCUCUAGCGGUGCACUCUUGGUGCUGGAGAAACAGAAGGGGUUCAUGGGACUUUUAUGGCCUCACUCUGGUGAAAUCUUGACCGUGUCUACCUCUCUGCAGCAUGAAAUCAUCACCAAUCAGCUGGCAUUCAAACUGCUCAGCAAUAGACAGAAGAUAGCUGCCCUUUACAUAGCAGAAGACUCAGAGGUAGUGGAUAUUAACUCUGCUACUCAAAAUGGUUUAAUUGACACACAUACAGCAGAGGUGUUGAAAACCAUUGAAAUACCAGAUGUUUUUCCUGAUGUUGAUGACCUUAAUGAUAGAUUUUCUAGCUGGCUGAUGUUGAGGGAGCUUCAGAUUGGAGGAUCCCAUCGCCCUACAGAUGAUAUUGAGAAUGAUGAUGAGAACAUAAAUGCCCCAUCUCCCAUCGAGGCAAAACUGUUAUUUAUCUCAUACCUCAUGUUGAAUAGUUACAUGGAUCCAAAAUCCGGACAAAGGCUUUUAAUAUUCGAUGGACAGUUGACUAAAAUGGCUGAACUUUUAGUUAACAUUUCAGUAGAGACAUCUGAAAACCAGCUACAAAACACUGCACUUGGUAAGGCCGCUUUUGUGGAUAUUUCUUUAAAAGAAGACAUUUCUGAAGUUUCAGAGAUCUCGUUUGAAAGCAAUACUGAGAAUUUUGGAUAUUUGCACAUUAACGAGGAAACAGAUGGCGCAAUGAAAGACCAUCACACAUCCAGUUUCUUCAGGGAGGAUAAGUCAAAUUAUAAUCAAUCUGACAAUAAAGCCUUUUCUAAUAAUGUGUUUAUGGUGCUAGCCCAAGAUGGAACAGAGGAGUCUGCUUCAGCUAUUGGCUAUGGAAACAAUACCACACAGCCGGAUUCUGAAAUAAGCAUCUAUCAAAAUAACACAAUACGUAUAAAUCCCAUUGAAAUUGAUGUAGAAACCUCAGAUAAUCAACCAAAAGAGACUUUCAAUGGAAUUUCAGCCACACAAAACUCUCACAAAUCGUGCUUGGUAAAUGUCACAGACAUGAGCUUGCUCUCAGGUGCACAGGUUGGAAAAAGGAUGCUAGCACAAGAUUUCACAGAAGAGUUAUCUGGCUCUGAUAAGAAUACCAGACAGCAUGAUUCUGAUACAAGUGUUUUGUCUGAUGGAAUUGAUCAAAAUAAUGCAAGCCCAUCAUCCGUUGAAAUUGGUUUAGAAACCUCAGAUAUAGCUUUAUAUAAUCAACCAAAAGGAGAAUCAGCCUCACAAGCCAUGUCGGAAAGCCCAUCCCCUACUAAAUCAUGCUUAGUGAUUGGCAAAGACAUGAGCUUGCUAGCUCAACAUGUCGCAGAGGAAGCAUCUGUAGCUGUUCAUUCUGAAAUGAAUGCUGGUCAAUAUGAUUCUAAAGCCAAUGUUUUGUCUAAUAGCAUUUAUCAAAAGAACAGACAGGGCACAAGCCCAUUGUCAUUUGAAAUUGAUGUAGAAACUUCAGAAAUGGCUUCAGAUCAUCAACCAAAAGAGACUGUCAACGCAGUUUCAGAAACACAAACUAUAUUGGAAACCUCAGCUCCUCCUAGAUUGUGCUUAGUGAAUGACACAGACAUGAGCCUGUCAUCAGGUGCCAAGGAUUCCCAAAGGACAGUGGCACAAGGCCUCACAGUGGAAGCAUCUGUCGAGGUUAGUUCUACCAGUACAAGCCUAGCACUAAUUGAAAUGAAAUUAGAAACAGAUAAUCAAUCAAAAGAGACAGCCAAUGGAGGAUCACCCACACAAACCAUUUUGGCAAGCUCAACUCCUAGAUCCGGCUCAGUUGAUUCUGAAGCAAGUGUUUUUAAGAAGAAGAAAAAGAAGAAGAAGAGGACAAACAACACUAGUCUAGUACCCUUUGACAUUGAUGUAGAAACCUCACAUGUAGCUUCAGAUACACCAACAGAGACUUUCAAUGGAGGUUCAGCCACACAAACCAUUUUGAAAAGCAGAACCCCUAGAUCAUGCUCUGUAAAUGACACAGAUAUUAGCUUGCCCUCAUGUGCACAGGACUGCAAAAGGGCGCUAGUACAAGGUUUUACAGAUAAAUCAUCUAGCUCUGAAAAUUGUACCAGACAACCUGAUUCUGAAAGAAGUGUUUUGUGUGAUAGCAUCUAUCUAAAGACCACUAAUAACACAAGCCCAGAACCAUUGGAGUUUGAUUUAAAAAACUCCUCUUCAGAUAAUCAACCAAAAGAGACUUUCACUUUCAAGGAAGGUUCAGCCACCCAAGUCAUUUUGGAAAGGUCAACCCACCAAAGAUUGUGCUCGGUGAAUGACACAGACACAAGUUUCCCCUCAGCUGCGCAGAAUUCCAAAUGCGUGACAGCAGAAAAGGAAUAUUCUAGCUCUGAAAAUAAUGUAGAACAUUCCAUAAGGGAGAUAGUACACAAUUUCACAGACGAAUCAUCCAUAUCUAUUGACUCUAAAAAAAAUACCAGGCAGCACACAUCUGAAAUUUGUGUUUUGCCUGACAGAAUCGAUCAAGAAAACACAAUGCGCACAAGCCCAACAUCAAUUCAAAUUGAUUCAGAAACAGAUGUUGCUUCAGAUAAUCAACCUAAAGGGACUUUUAAUGGAGGUUCAGCCACACAACACAUAUUGAAAAGCUCUACUUUGUGCUCAGUGAAAGACACAGGCCUGAAACUGCCACCGGGUGCACAAGAUUCCCCACAACGUCCCACAAAUACACCUGGCUGUGAGACAGACAAGAACACAAAAUCUGAAUCAUCUCCAUUGUCCACUUUAUUGGCAGACACCCUUGACACAUCCACAGAGUUUCCAUGCACUGAGGAAGAAGCAUGGGACAAUGAAGAUGAGAGAGGCUUUGCGAUCCACCUUCUCAGAGCCCAACUAGAGGAGGGUGGUAUUUUGGACAUCAUCUCUGGGAAACGCUAUGACCUUGAUGCAGCUCUUGAUAAGGGCCUUGUGGAUGAGGAGACUGUGUUAGAAGUGCUGGCAUUGCAGCUCCACAAGGGAGAGGUUUUAGGUGAUGAGAGAAGCACAGUGGCAACCCUGAAAGAAGCUGUGUCUAGAGGCUCCAUAUCCUCCCAGAUAGCCCUGCAGAUCAUGGAACAGCAGAGCCUGUUGGGUGGUGUAUAUGACUCCAAGUCUGGAUGCACUAUUCGUGUAAAUGAAGCGCUGGAUUCAGGGAUGAUUGAUGAUGAUUUGGCUGAAAAGAUCCUUCACUCAGACCCUGUACACAACGCAAUCAUCGACCCUGAUAGAAACUGCAUGCACAGCAUUUCUUAUUCCCAGAGUCUGGGCCUCAUAAACAACAAUGAGGCCGAGAAUAUAUGUCAACAUCAAACAGACAAAAAGGUGGCGGUUUUGGUUCUUGAUGCCCCUGAUGAGGAUGUCAAUGGGGAAGAAGGUAAAGAGAAUAGGAAUAGACAUGCAUCAGAAGAUGUGGAUGCGGAAGGAAACAGAGAACAGAACUGCGAUUCCCAGAAGUCCUUAAUACCUUCGUUCACCAUUAGUCAUGGGCCUGUAUGUAGACAGAUCCUAUCACCUAUCCUGUCAGAUCAGGUAACAGGGGAACAUGUCAUCCAUCAACCUGACACAUCAUCUUUAUUAAGGGAUGAUGGUUCCUCACAGGCUCCUCACAGUCCGCUGUCAGACAUGGUCCCUGGGUCUAGAAAUUCCAUCCACAAUGACAUGUUGUCAAACAGAUCAAACUCUCUCAGUUUGAGCGAUAGUGGAGAUAGCGGAGCUCCUCAGGCCCAGGCUAAAGAGGUGAGACAGACAGAGAAAGAUGGUAACAGUUCUCUGAGGAGAGGCACAGAUCUGUCCUGUGAGGCAAUCGGCUUCACUCCGGGUGAUGGGCAGCUGGGAGCAGGAUACCGUGAGAUAAUGGGGAACCAGACUGUCAGUCCUGUUCAGAGUGACUCGGGCGUGUCCUGCUCAUCACAUAGUGAUCUGUUGUCUGAUGAAAGGAAAAUGGAGAAUGUGUUGAACGCAAUUCAGCCGCCAGCUAGCCAGCUAGUCAAGGAGUCAGAUCAGAGAAUAGAUAGCUCAUCACUGAGAGAUUUGUCAAGCGAUGUUACAAGCACAGUGUCCGCAGUCGUGGGUGUCAAUGUGGAUAAAAUGGUAAUAAACAGUGAUGGACUUUCCUCGUUUAGCACUGUGUCACCUCAGCAACUGCUAGUGAAGUCAGAUGGGGAUAUUGGUGGCGAUAUCAAGCCUACAUCCUCUCAGAACGGGUACAGUCAGACUAAGCCAACAGAUCAAAAAAAGACUCCAGUGCAGUUGAGUAACUCCUCUGAUUUAGCUAUUGUAUCCAGUGUACUGAUCAUAGAAACACACUGUGACAAUAAUGACAGCUAUGAUGUCAGUGAUCAAGAGCAGUUAGAAACUGCUCCCACUAAAGUGAUAUCUAGCAGAAUUACCCCGGAUCUGACACUGACUCAUAAACAUCUGUCAAAUUCAAAUGCUAAUAUUAACGCUAAAGCUAAUGACAGGGUUGAAUCAAGCAGGGGUGAUGACAGCACACCAUCCUCAGGGAGACAAGAAGAUUCAUCUGAUGGUAGUGUCUCACAGAUUACUGAUCAAGCCGAUUCACCCACUGUGUGCAAGUCAUCACAGACAGGACAGACAGGUACUGGCAAAUGUAACUCAGUUGUGUCUGAGAAGUUUCCCGAUACAAGUUCGUCAUCAGCAUCAGAAAUGUUCCAAGGGUAUCCAUUAAAGGCAACAGAGCCAGGUAUGAGAUCAGUUGUUAAACAAGAUGAAUGUGGUGCAGUUGAGAAUCAUCCCCAGCCGAUGGCUGCUAUUGUUCAACCAGACUCUUCCUCCAAUACCCCCUCAACAUCAGAAAUGACCUCACAGCAUCUGGUAAAGGGUAAAGAGCCUGGCCUGGGGUCAGAUCUUACACAGGAUGCAAAUAGGCUAAAUCUAUGCGUUGCUGAUGAGAAUCAUACCCAUCUGAUGACUGUUGAUGUUCAACCAGACUUCAUGACACCUGAUAGUGUCCCACCACCUGCGUCGGCCAUCUAUAGUGCUCAAAGGUCCGGUUUAGGUGAGCUGGUAAGAAUGAGAGUGGAGGGGGCAGAUGUCGAUGAAUUACAAAAGGCUGAGACCCAAGCAUUGGAGGGCAUCAUCAACCUGAUACAGGACAAUCCACAGUCCCAUGGAAGAGGUUCUGGUGAUUUUGGUAGUGAGACAGAUGCAGCUCCUGGGCUUAUGAAAAGUAAUAGUCCAGUAAUAGUCCAGGAUCUGUUGAAGCAUGAGGCUCUCCGUUCAGGUAAAACUAGUCUGGAUGGAGGGAAACCACCCCAUGAAGAAACACCUCCAUCUGAUAUGAUCCAGAUUCAGUUUCAGCAGGUUCUUCAAAGUGUAUCCUCAAGCCAAGACCCUGCCAUGCUCAGAGAUGUGAUUGGAGCCUUGAACAGUAUUCUGGGGGGUGCUCCUGAUGAGGACAGGCCACGCAACCUGGAGAUCAUCCAGGAAGAGGACUCGUCCGAUGAGGCUGAAGGUGCCGUGGCAGAUCCCAUGGAAGGUCUUGACCUAUAUCAAUCUACUGAGGUUGAAACCAUUUCAGACGCAGGCAAUGCUGGAGCAGUCAGGAAACAGUACUCCACCCAGGAUUAUCUGGAGUGUGUUGGUAGACUUCAGGAUCAUGCAGAUGUUGUAGUGGAGAUCAGGAACGACUCGUCAUCCAAGCAGGGCUCUCUGAGUAACAACAUGGAGGAGUUACACAGUCAGCUGGAGGAAUCUCAGUUGUUGGAAGCACAUCUGUCUACACUGGCUAGCUUUCUAACCAGAGAUCUGGACAUAGCCAAGCAGCUGUUAAAGUCUGCUAAUGAACUCAUUCCCACGCAUAUCCACCAAGAUCUGGCUUCAGCCUUUCGAGAGUUGCAGCCAGCAUUUGCAGACGUUUGCCAAAUGUCUGCAGAAAGGAAUUACGUUCUAAUGCAGGCUAUUGAUAAAGGAAAGGCCAAUUUGGAGUCAACAUACCAGGAGCUCCUCAGUACCCUUAAUCAACUAUCAGGCUGUAUUCAUGACAACUCUGAGAUGACCUACAACCUAGACAUCAUGAACACAUAUGACGUGAACACAGUGAAAGAAAUGAUCCAGAAUAUUGAGGACAUGGAGACUAAUGUGUUAGGGACCCAGAGGCAUCUGGAGGACACUGCGUUUGACACCCAGUACUUUGUCUCAGAGCAUGCCCAGUUCCUGAGCCCAGCCCAGAGCAGGCACCUCCUCAAGUCUCUCAGCGCCACCCAGAGGGCAAUUAAGGAUCAGAUGGAGAGGGUGGCCAAUCAGAGACGCACCCUUCAACUCCAGCUGGAGAUCAGCGAGAAUGAGAGUCAGCAGAAGUGCUUGGUGGAGAAACAGAAGGAGUUCUCAGACAAGUUGCAGGAGCUGUGUGACAACCUGACCAAUACAGAGAACUGUCUGAUAGGCCAGCAGCAGCAGGCCAAGAGUGUAGAGAGUGUGGAAGACCUGCAGCAGGUCCAGAAAGAGCAUCAGGCCUUGCAGAAAGACAUCCUGACCAACGGCAGUGCCUUGAAUGAGGUCAUCAGUAGCACCAAGAAGUUCCUGGAUGAGAACCGGUCUAUGCUGACCCCAGAUCAGAUCGCUGCCAUCGAGAGCAAGCUGGAGGACGCCAAGAGCAAGGUCAAACUCAUCAACCAACGGGCCGAGGAGUCAAGGAAAGACGUGGAGAAGUCUGUGACUACUGCUAUCAAACAGGAGACUGAGAAGGAGGCUGUUGUUGAGCAGUUUGAGGAGAGUAAGAACAAGAUCGAGGGUCUGCUGGACUGGAUCAACAACAUAGGGAAUGAGAAAGGGAUGGGGGUCGAUCAGACAGACCAUAUGGGCAAACAGAACGGGAACAUGCCUUUGCCAUCGAAGACCUCAGCCAAGAACAUUCUGGGAGAGGAUGAUGACCCCAAUGGAAACAAUGGAAACGCUCUCCAGACUACAGAUAACGACACUGGCAGACAGGCUACAGAGAAGACCCCAGAACUGGACCUGGACAAGCAAUAUGAUAGGGUCAAGGCUCAUCACCAGGAGAUCCUGUCCCAGCAGCAGGACAUGAUCAUGGCCACCCAGUCAGCCCAGGCUCUGCUGGACCACCAGGCCCAUGCCCUGUCCUCCAGGGAGAAAGACAAGCUGCAGAUGGACAUCCAGGAGUUGAAGGGUCGGUACGACGCUUCCCUUACCCAGGCAGAACAGCAGAUGAAGCAGGUGGUCCAGGUCCAGGAGGAGCUGAAUAAGUUCCAAGGAGACUGUGAGGAGUUUGAGGGCUGGCUGCAGCAGGCCGAGGGGGAGGUGGGGGAGCUGGGAGCCCCCGCUGGAACUCUGAACAUCCUCACAGAGAAGCUCCAGAGACAGAAGAGCUUCUCUGAGGAUGUCAUCUCCCACAAGGGGGACCUGCGGUUCAUCACCAUGUCAGGGCAGAAGGUGCUGGACGUGGCGAAAGCUUGUGGACGCAUGGACCCUAAGGGGAAAGAUGCCCAGCUGGAGGUGGAUACCACUGGAACCUGCGCUACUGUAAAGGAUAAGCUGGACUCGGUUGCUGGCCGUUACAAAGCCCUGCACUCUCAGUGCAAUGAGCUCGGCAACAACCUCAAAGAUGUGGUGGACAAGUACAAGAAGUACGAGGACUCAACCGCUGGUCUCCUGAAGUGGCUCAACAACUCAGCGGAGGAAGCCAGAAGGCAACAGUCUGAGGCCAUCGCUGCCGACCCUCAAACCCUACAGAAACAGCUGGAGGACACCAAGGCUCUACAAAAUCAGACCACUGGUCGUCAGACUGCUGUGGAGACACUCCGCAAAACAUCUGACUCUCUGGUCACUGCUGAGGGGGACCUGUUGACCAAUCAGGACGAGAUCCAGGAGACAGUAGAUGAUAUUGUGGAAAGGUAUGACAACCUGUCCAAGUCAGUGAGUGAUCGUAAUGAGAAGCUUCAGAUCACCCUGACCCGCUCCCUGAGUGUCCAGGAUGGCCUGGAUGAGAUGAUGAGCUGGAUGGAGGGAGUAGAGGAGAGUGUGAAGGAGAAAGGACAAGUCCCUCUGGAUUCAGCAGCCAUUGGAGAUGUGCUAAGCAACGGGGCCGCUCUGGAGCAGGAUAUUUCCAGUCGCCAGAGUAGCAUCUCAGCCAUGAAGGCCAAGGUGAAGAAAUUUGUGGAGACAGCUGACCCCUCCGCCGCGGCUCUGCUGCAGUCCAAAAUGGACGCCCUGUCACAGCGCUUCUCUGACACCUGUGACAAGCACAAGCAGAAAAUGGAGCAGCUGGAGCAGCUGAAGGACAAGGUGGAGGAGUUCGAGAAGACCUCGGACAAGGUGCAGCAGUUUGUGCUCAAGCGCUCACAGGCCCUCUCCGAAACAGACGGGCCAGGGAAAAAUGUCAACGAGCUCUCGCAGCUCAUGCAGGACACUAACACUGAGUUGGCUGAACAUGCCAAGGAUGUGGAAAUACUGCAAAAGCUGUCAAAGGAGCUGUCCAAUAUGGGUCCAGAGGGAAGCAUGGCCCAGAUUCAGGGAAAGAUUGACAACCUCUCCAACAACUUCAAUGCCUUCAAAGACACUGUGAAAGAGAAAGAGGAGGAGGUGUCUUCCUGCCAGGACCAGCUGGGAGACUUCAGGGAUGCAGCCGGAGCUCUCAGGACGUGGCUGGAGGAGACAACAGAGAAAGUCCCUGUGGUUCAGCCAACCAGCAGUGAACAGAGUCUAUUGAAUGACCUGCAGAGAGUCAAUGCUCUAAUGGAGGAAUGGACAACCAAAGGCACUGCUGUUCAAGAUAUAAAUAGCAAAGGAUCUGCGCUAUGUAGCUUCAUAAGUGUUCUCACAUCUCCAGCCAAGACCAAGAUGUCACACAAGUCAGCCGUUGCUAACGGUGGUGGCCCUGGAAACCAUGCCUACCUAACCAAUAACGAGCUGAUGGUGGUACAGCAGAACAUGUCGUAUAUCAACGAGGGCCACGAGAGUCUGGGAGAACUACUGAAGGACCGGGCUGCAGAGGUCUCUGGCCUGGUGCAGCAGAUGGCAGAGGCCCAGAAGGAGACAGAUGCCAUGAUAACAUGGCUGAAGGACAUGAAGAAGACAACAGCAUCCUGGAACUCUGCGUCCACAGAGAAAGACGCCAUGAAAACACAACUGGAGCAACAGAAGGCCUUUGAGGAGGACAUGAAACAAAAGCGUGAGCAGCUCCAGAAGCUGAGAGAGAAGCUCCUCCACUUGAUUGAGAAACACCCAGACUCUCCUGAAGCAGCCAAAUGGAAGCAGAUGCUGGCACAGAUAGAUGCUGCCUGGGCGGAUGUAAGCGGGUCGGUGGAGGACAGGAAGCAGCACCUGGAGGAGUCCAACAGGAACCUGGACGUGUUCCAGACCACUGAGCCACAGCUCCGCCAGUGGCUCUCAGAGAAGGAGAUGAUGCUCAGUGUCCUGGGGCCCCUCUCCAUGGACCCCAACAUGCUCAACACACAGAGGCAGCAAGUCCAGAUCCUCCUGAACGAGUUUGACAGCCGUAAGCCACAGUAUGACCAGCUUAAUGAGGCUGCUGCUGCUAUCCUGAGCACCUCAGCCAAGCAGGACCCCUCCUCUGGUGGGAAGGUGGUGAAGGACCAACUGGCCGCCGUCACCCAGAAAUGGCAGGGCCUGACUGGGCAGCUGAGACAGCGAGCCGGCCUCAUCGACCAGGCCGUGGGGAAGACGGGCCAGUUCCAGGAUCUGCUGAGGAGCUUAAGCCAGAGCGCCGCCUCACUGGAGACCCGGCUCAACAGCCAGCAGGCCCUUAGCAGUCAGCCUGACGUGGUGAAGACGCAGCUUGAAGAGGCUAACACCAUCUCUGGCCAGCUGAGGAAGGAGAGGAAGAGACUGAAAGAGGCUGAGACCCUCUGCUCGGAGCUCUCUGCCCUGGUCACUGAGGACUACCUGAAAACAGACCUAGCCAGGCAGCUGGAGGUGGUCACCAAGCCCUUCAAACAGUUGGAGGACAAAGCAGUGAAGCGGAUCCAGCAGCUGAAUUCGGCCUUCGCAAGCUCCCAGCAGUUCCACCAGACCUCCAAAGACUUCCAGGGGUGGAUGAAUGAGACGCUCCAGGAGCAGUCUAAAUCCCGGGCAGUCUCAGCCCAGGUGGAGAACCUUCAGCAAAGCCUGAAAGAGCACAGUGCCCUGCAGAAGGCCCUCAGUGAACAUAAGGAACCAUACAGCACCAUCGUCAGGGAGGGGGAGACCCUACUCCAGAACACAGAUGGGGCAGAGAAGGUGGCGCUGCAGGGCCAGCUGGCCACAUUGCGUUCCAACUGGGACGACGUGAAGAAGAGCUCAUCCGAGCGCCAGGAUAAGCUCCAGGGGGCGCUGCAGAGGGCCCAGAAGUAUCACGAGCAUGCUGAGAAGCUCCAGUCCUGGGUCCAGGAGAGUGAGGUCAGGGAGGGUAUCGUCAGGCUCAGCGUGGACCCCGCAGAGGUGGAGAGCUCAAUCUCCCAGCUGAAGGCCAUCCAGAAGGACGUGGACAAACACAGAGGCCUGGUGGCGCAGCUGAACACUGCAGCCGAAAGCCUCCUGGAGGUGGCCAAUGCAGACACAGAGGCCGUCAGGGAGGAGAAGGCGGCCAUUGGGCAGAGCGUGGACCGGGUCACAGAGAGGGUCCAGAACAAGAGGGAUUCUCUGGACAAGAUCUCACAGAGGCUGAAGGAGUUCAACGACACCCACAAAGAGGCUAAGGGCCAGCUGGCAGGGGCUAAGAAGCAACUAGAUGCCCACACAUCACUGGGGGUCCAGGCCUACAGCAACAAGAACCUGAUUAGCAUGAAGGCCCAGCAGAAGAGCCUGGAUGGGGUCAACACACAGCUGGAGCACCUGAAGAGCCUUGCCCAGGGCCUCGUGGCCGACGUCCCCGAAGCUGACGGGGUGACAGACCUCCUCCUUCAGGCCGACAGCCUGGAGAAAGAGUACGGCUCCCUCAGCAAGGAUGUAGGGAAGACUUGCUCCACCUUGGAGGGCAAGCUGCAGGGCAUCGGGCAGUUCCAGACCAACAUCCGCGAGAUGUUCACCUGCUUCGCAGACUUAGAUGAUGAGCUUGACAGCAUGGCUCCUGUGGGCCGCGAACUGGCCACUCUGAAUGAGCAGCAGGGCGGCAUCAAGGUCUUUGUGGAGAAACUGCAGGAGCUGAUGGCAGACACGGCUCGAGGAGAGGACAGAUGUAAGAAGAUGCUGGAAACUGAGGCCUCCCCAGAUCUUCUGGGGCUGAAGAGAGAUCUGGAUGUUCUGAGUAAGCAGUGUGGCAAGCUGAUGGACAGAGCCAAAGGGAGAGAGGAAGAGGUGGGGAGUACACUCACCCGUCUGAAUGAGCUUUACUCCAAGCUACAGCAGUUCACUAACAAACUGGGCGGGGCUGAGGUCAAGGAGGAGGGUCAAGGGUCAGUUGGCAUGGAGACGGAAGUCAUCAACCAACAGUUGGAAGCUUUCAAGGUAUUCCAGAAAGAGGAGGUUGAUCCACUACAGACCCAGUUGCAAGACAUCAACUGGCUGGGCCAGGGCCUGAUCCAGAACGCCGCAAAAGGUACCAGCACCAAGGGCCUUGAACAUGACCUGGAGGAUGGCAACACUCGAUGGAACACACUCAACAAAAAGAUUGCUGAGCGGUCAGCGCAGCUGCACGAGGCCCUAUUGCAUUGUGGGAGGUUCCAGGAUGCUCUGGAGUCCCUGCUCAGCUGGCUGACGGACACGGAGGAGCUGGUGUCCAAUCAGAAACCUCCCUCUGCUGAGUUCAAAGUUGUCAAGGCACAAAUCCAGGAGCAGAUACUCCUCCAGAGGCUGCUCGAUGACCGUAGGCCUACGGUGGAGCUGAUUAAGAAGGAAGGAGGGAAGGUUGUGGACCUGGGAGCAGAGUUUGUGGAAAAGGAGAAGGUGGGGAAGGAGAUUGAGUGCCUGGGGCAGAGGUGGGACGCUUUGCUGAAGAAAGCUGAGAACAGGCACAAACAGCUGAAGAGCAUUCUAGUUGUGGCUCAGCAGUUCCAUGAGACACUGGAGCCUCUGUCUGAGUGGCUCUCUGCCACAGAGAAACGCUUGGCCAAAUCUGAACCCAUCGGUACACAGACUACCAAGCUGGAAGUGCAAAUCUCCCAGCACAAGGCCUUAGAGGAGGAGAUAAUGGGUCACAGUAAAGACCUGGUUCAGUCCAUCAGCCUGGGUCAGAUGCUCAAGCCGGUUAGCUCAGUGGACGAUAAGGAGCUGGUGCAGUCUAAGCUGGACUCCACCCAAGCCAGUUACAUAGAGCUGCAGGAGCGCUGUAGGAGGAAGGCUGAGAUGCUGCAGCAGGCUCUGGCCAAUGCCCAGCUCUUUGGAGAGGACGAGGUGGCCCUCAUGAACUGGCUCAACGAAGUGCACACUACGCUGAGCGAAGUGUCUGUCAAAGACUACAAGACGGAUGUUCUUGAAAAGCAGUGUGAAGAACAACUGGCCCUACAUGAAGACAUUGAGUUGAGAAAGCAGAAUGUUGAUCAAGCCAUUUCCAAUGGAUUUGAACUGCUGAAACAAACAACAGGUGAUGAGGUGGUUGUCAUCCAAGGCAAGUUGGACGGGAUAAAGACGAGAUACGCUGAGAUCAACUCCAUGAGUGGUAAUGUGUCUAAGACCCUGGACCAGGCCCUGACCCUGGCCUCCAAGCUUCAGCACAUCCACGAAGACCUCAGCUCGUGGCUGGUGAAUGUCGAGGCUGAGCUCACCGCCUUCGCUGCUCAGGAGCCUGUAGGAGAGCAGCUCAUCCAGGCACAAGACAGGCAGAAGGCAUUGCUGAAAGAAGCCAUGGAUCACAAGCCCCAGGUGGACAAACUGAACGAGGUGAGCAGCUCUCUGCUGGAGCUGGUCCCAUGGAGGGCCCGGGAGGGCCUGGACAAGCUGGUGACAGAGGACAACGACCGAUACAAGGCCGCGAGUGACACCAUCACACAGCAUGUGGAGCAGAUCAACGCCGCCAUACUGAAAUCACAGCAGUUUGAACAAGCAGCUGACACUUUGCUGGCCUGGCUUACUGAAGCAGAGAGGAAGAUGUUGUCAUUGGGGGAGAUCAGGCUGGAACAGGACCAGACCACAGCACAGCUCCAGGCCCAGAAGGGCUUCUCCAUGGACAUCAUGAGACACAAGGAUGCUGUGGAUGACAUUGUGAAAACAGGCCAGGCCAUCAUGAACAGCAAGGAUGAGGAUGAAAAGCAAGCCUUGAAGGUCAAGAUCCAAGCCCUCCUGGAGAAGUACGGUGUGGUAAGUCAGCUGAACUCGGAGCGCUGCCUGCAGCUGGAGCGAGCCCAGUCUCUGGCCAGCCAGUUCUGGGAGACUUACGAGGAGCUGUGGCCCUGGCUCCAGGAGACCCGCACCAGCUUCAGCCAGCUCCCACUGCUGGCCAUUGAAUACGAAGCUCUCCGACAGCAACAGGAGGAGCUCAGGCAAAUGCGAGAGCUGAUUUCAGAGCACAAGCCCCACAUCGACAAGAUGAACAAGACUGGUCCCCAGCUUCUAGAGCUGAGUCCUGUGGAGGGGAUCCCCAUCAGGGAGAAGUACACAGCCACAGACCUGCUGUACGCCCAGCUCAAGGCUGAUGUCAAACAGAGGGCUGCCACAUUGGAUGAGGCCAUCUCCAAAUCCACACAGUUCCAUGACAAGAUCGAGCCCAUGCUGGAGUCCCUGGAGCGGAUUGCUGAGCGCCUGCGUCAGCCUCCCUCCAUUUCUGUGGAGGUGGAGAAGAUCAGGGAGCAGAUCACAGAGAACAAGGCUGUGUCCGUGGACCUGGAGAAACUGCAGCCUUCCUACGACACGCUCAAGCAGCGUGGAGAGGAGAUGAUCGCUCGCUCUGCGGGAGCUGACAAGGACAUAUCUGCUAAAGCUGUGCAAGACAAGCUGGACCAGAUGGUGUUCACCUGGAAUGAGAUCCAUGCCCUGAUGGAGGAGAGGGAGGCCAAGCUGCUGGAUGUAAUGGACCUGGCAGACAAGUUCUGGUGUGACCACUGUGCCCUCAUCGUUACCAUUAAGGACACCCAGGACCUGCUGAGGGAGCUGGAGGAGCCUGGAGUCGACCCCUCUGUGGUGAAACAGCAGCAGGAAUCUCUGGAGAGCUUCAAGGAGGAGAUUGACGGGCUUCAGGAGGAGCUUGAUGUGGUGCGGAACUUGGGGGCGGAGCUUAUGGCUGCCUGUGGCGAACCAGAUAAGCCAGUCAUAAAGAAGAGUAUUGAUGAGGUGAACUCGGCAUGGGAGACUCUGAACAGGUCAUGGAAGGAGAGAGUGGACAGACUGGAUGAGGCCAUGCAGGCUGCUGUACAGUUCCAGGAUGGCCUGCAGGGUAUGUUUGACUGGGUGGAUAUCGUGGAGCACAAACUGGAUUCUAUGUCACCUGUGGGUACAGACCUAGACACUGUCAAGCAGCAGAUUGAAGAACUCAAGGAGUUCAAAGGUGAGGCGUAUCAGCUGCAGAUGGAGAUGGAGCGUCUGAACCACCAGGCGGGCCUACUGCUGAAGAAGGUGACGGAGGAGUACGACCGCUGUGCCAUCCAAGAGCCCAUGACUGAGCUUAAAAUGCUCUGGGACAACCUGGAUGAAAAUAUCAUCAACAGACAGCACAAACUAGAGGGAGCGCUGUUGGCUCUGGGGCAGUUCCAGCAUGCGCUGGAUGAGCUUCUGGCCUGGAUGAGCAACACGGAAGAGCUGCUUAAUGAGCAGAGGAAGGCUGCAGGAGACCCCAAAGCCAUUGAGAUCGAGCUCGCUAAGCACCACGUCCUCCAGAACGAUGUACUGGCCCAUAAGACCACGGUGGAGGUGGUCAAUAAGGCUGGUACUGACCUGGUGGAGUCCACCUCUGGAGAGGAAGCCUCUGGACUGCAGAGCAAACUGGAGAACCUCACCCAGCGCUGGAAGAACAUCCUGGAGAAGACAGAGCAGAGGAGACACCAGCUGGACGGUGCUCUGCUUCAGGCCCAAGGUUUCCAUGGCGAGAUGGAAGACAUGCAGCAAUGGCUGAAAGACACAGAGCGUCAGCUGUUAGCAUCAAAGGCUGUGGGAGGCUUACCAGACACGGCCCGCGAGCAGCUUAACGCCCAUCUGGAGUUAUGUUCUACAUUAGAGGCCAAGGAGGAGCUCUACCAGCAGCUGAUGAACAAAGGUCAGCAGCUGCUCACCAUGACCCCCUCCGACCAGGACAGCAACACAGAGCAGGACCUCAGGAACCUGCAGGACAAGAGGGAGUCGGUACAGGUCAAGGUGGCUGAGAGAAAGGUGAAACUGGAGGAGGCCUUGACUCUGGCCACAGAGUUCCAUAACUCUCUCCAGGACUUCAUCAACUGGCUGACCCAAGCUGAACAGACUCUCACUAUGUCCUCUCCUGCCUCCCUCAUCCUGGAAAACAUCAUGUUCCAGAUAGAUGAGCACAAGGUGUUUGUGACGGAGGUGAACUCUCACAGGGAGCAGAUCGUUGAGCUGGAUAAGACAGGGACCCACCUGAAGUACUUUAGCCAGAAGCAGGAUGUGGUGCUGAUCAAGAACCUGCUGAUCAGUGUGCAGGGCCGCUGGGAGAAGGUGGUGCAGAGGUCUGUGGAGAGGGGCCGUCUGCUGGAUGAUGCCAGGAAGAGGGCCAAACAGUUCCACGAAACCUGGAACAAGCUGACGGAAUGGUUGGACGAGUCGGAGAAGGCCUUGGACUCUGAGCUGGAAAUCGCCAACGACCCUGACAAGAUCAAGAUGCAGCUGGCCCAGCACAAGGAGUUCCAGAAGGUGCUGGGGAGCAAGCACUCGGUGUAUGACACAACCAGUCGUACGGGACGCGCCCUGAAGGACAAGACGUCACUGCAGGACGACAACCAGAAGCUGGAUGACAUGCUGAGUGAACUGAGGGACAAGUGGGACACUGUCUGUGGCAAGUCAGUUGAGAGGCAAAACAAGCUUGAGGAGGCACUGCUGUUCUCUGGUCAGUUUACUGAUGCCCUUCAGGCCCUGAUUGACUGGCUGUACAGAGUGGAGCCUCAGCUGGCCGAGGACCAGCCAGUACAUGGAGAUAUAGACCUGGUCCUUAAUCUCAUUGACAGUCACAAGGUGUUCCAGAAGGAGCUGGGGAAGAGGACGGGGAGUGUUGCGGCCCUGAAACGUUCGGCUAAGGACCUGAUUGAGAGCAGCCAUGAAGACUCAUCCUGGGUCAAAGCUCAGAUGCAGGAGCUGAGCGCUCGCUGGGAGACUGUGUGCGCCCGCUCAGUAUCUAAACAGACUCGGCUGGAACAGGCAUUGUGUCAGGCUGAGGAGUUCCACUCUACGGUCCAUAUCCUGCUGGAGUGGCUGGCCGAGGCUGAGCAGAGCCUUCGUUUCCAUGGCACCCUGCCCGACGACGAGGAUGCCCUCAGGGCUCUUGUCGAGCAGCACAAGGAGUUCAUGAAGAAGCAGGAGGAGAAGGGAGUAGGCCUGAACAAAGCCACCAGUAUGGGGGAGGCUAUCUUGACCAUCUGCCAUCCAGAUUCUAUCACCACCAUCAAACACUGGAACACCAUCAUUAAAGCCCGGUUCGAGGAGGUUCAGGCUUGGGCACGGCAGCACCAGCAGCGCCUGGCCAUGGCCCUCAGUGAUCUGCUUGCCACUCAGGAGCUGCUGGAGGGUCUGCUGGGCUGGCUGCAGUGGGCUGAGGCAACACUCAAUGAGAAGGACAAGGAGGUCCUGCCUCAGGAGAUAGACGAGGUCAAAGCUCUUAUUGCUGAACACCAGACAUUCAUGGAGGAAAUGACCAGGAAACAACCAGAUGUUGACACGAUCACCAAGACACACAAAAGAAAGGCUGCGGGUGGUAGCGAGCCUGCCAUCCAGUCCCAAAUCCCUGUCCUGGAGAAAGGAAGAGGUGGAAGAAAGCGUUCUCCCACACAAGCCAUGUACCCAUCAGCGUCACAGCCUCCCAUAGUGACCAAGAAUCCCAGGGUCAACCUGUUGGUCAGCAAGUGGCAGCAGGUGUGGCUACUGGCCCUGGACAGGAGGAGGAAACUCAACGAUGCCAUGGACAGACUUGAGGAGCUGAAGGAAUUUGCCAACUUUGACUUUGACGUAUGGCGGAAGCGCUACAUGCGAUGGAUGAACCAUAAGAAGUCACGUGUCAUGGACUUCUUCAGACGCAUUGACAAGGACCAGGAUGGAAAGGUCACCAGACAGGAGUUCAUUGAAGGCAUCCUCUCCUCCAAAUUCCCUACCAGUCGGCUGGAGAUGAGUGCGGUGGCAGACAUAUUUGACCGGGAUGGUGACGGCUACAUCGACUACUAUGAGUUUGUGGCUGCUCUUCAUCCCAACAAAGAGGCAUACAAACCCCUCACAGAUGCAGACAAAAUUGAAGAUGAGGUCACACGCCAAGUGGCAAAAUGCAAGUGUCCUAAACGUUUCCAAGUUGAGCAAAUUGGUGCCAACAAAUACAGGUUCUACCUUGGAAACCAGUUCGGAGACUCCCAGCAGCUGCGUCUGGUGCGGAUCCUGCGGAGCACUGUGAUGGUGCGCGUUGGUGGAGGCUGGAUGGCUCUGGAUGAGUUCCUUGUAAAGAAUGACCCGUGUCGAGUUCAUCACCACGGGAGUAAAAUGUUGCGCUCGGAAUCAAACUCUUCAAUUACUCAGUCUCCUAUAGGUUGGCAACAAAUCUCACACUUUCUCACCUUGCUCCAUGAACCCCCCAGUGCCAAAGGCAGGACAAACAUGGAGCUGCGAGAAAAGUUCAUUCUCCCAGAGGGCACCACUCAGGUGAUGGCAAGCUUCCGGUAUAGAGGUCGUAGGUCGCGGCCGUCGUCACGAGCUGCCUCUCCCAACAGGUCAAACUCUAGCCAUAGCUGUCCGGCCCAGCAUAAUAACCCAGCCUUGCCCAGCACACCCAAGACUCCCCAACACAUAACUCGCAAUUAUGAUAAACCCUGGCUGACAAACAGCAAACCCUCCACUCCUCUUAAAUCAUCAGACUCCUUUGAGAGCCAAGGUUCAUCCUCUGAGAGCACUCCGAUACAGGGAAGUAAACUGCGUCUCCCUGGAUACUUGUCAGGAAAAGGUUUCCAGUCGGGAGAAGAGCAGGGAACCCUGAUCAAUGCUGCUGUGAUGAAAGCACGGGGACAAGCGAUAGGGAUUGAAUCGAGAAGGUCCGGCAGCCGACCUGGAAGUAAAGCAGGCAGCCGAGGGAGCAGCCGGAGGGGAAGCGAUGCUUCAGACUUCGACAUUUCGGAUAUCGCAUCGGUGUGCUCCGACACAUCGGAGACGGUGGGUGACACCAGUCGGGCUACACCCCGCUCGUCGUCACGUCAACACGGAGGCAAGCCCUCCAAAAUCCCGACUCCUCAAAGAAGGUCGACUCCCAGCAAACUGGCCCAGACCUCCAAGAGAUAGUCAGGGGCCUUGAGACAACCACGUUGGCCCAAAGUGACAAGAGAGACUGGCGUAUGUGUUGAUUAUUUAAAGUCUUGUGAAGAUGUAAAAUAUUCUGUUGAAUAGAAAAAUGGUUUAUUAUUAAGUGAGAAUGGAAUGCCAAUGGCCUUGUGUUUGUCUUAAUGUAUUUAAUUUUUUGUGAAUAAUGUCAAAUUAUUAUGACUAUUUUAUUUUAUUGACGCUAAACCUGAAGAGUUUAAAGAAACUGAAAAGAAAAAAACAUGGCGAAGACAACACUGUAUGCUCAACUAACAAUUCUACACACUAAUGAAUGGCAGCACACAGCAUUGUGCUCGUGAGAGGGUUACUGAAUGUUCUGUAUGCUGACAUGCGUGUGACAGACCCUGUGGGACACCUCAAUUAUCUAUUAUCUAUUUAAAGUGCAAUGAUGUACUGCCAAAAUGCAUUUAAAGGGCAAUACAAUAUACAUGUAGCCUACCACAUAGUAAACACUGCAAAUAAUGAUGUUCUGACUGAGAUGACUGUUGAAGGCAAGUUCACGCAGAAAUCCCUCAAUAUCCAGGCUUUAAAGUACUCCACCUUACCUUCAGUAGUACUGUUUUGUUUGGUCAACUUACAGUGAUGUGUGCCAUUUUACCUUGGACAUUGGCCUCCCCGGACCCUGAGUAGACAUUCUUUAGUGCAUUUGUCAGUGUAUGGUUCAUUUUGCUAGAGUGGAAAGGAUCGCUGUUAACGUUUUGUAAUAAAUCUGCUAGCAGAAAGCUACCAUGGGAUACUGA